AUGUUUGAAAUUGUCGUGCAUCAACUAGCAUUUCAUGCUCUGGACAUGGCUGGACUUAUCAAUAAAAUAAAUAGAUCCACUAUUUCUCCAUUGCCAAUUGUUUACUCUUCCACACUGAAACAGAUUAUCAAGAGCAUGCUGAGGAAACACCCUGAACAUAGACCAACAACGGCUGAUUGGUUGAGACAUCCUCAUUUACAACCUUUUGUUCUCCGCUCUCGUAACACGCCAUCUGUUUUUAUUCUGGUGCUUCUCAUAAGUUGUAACUCACUGGAAAAAAAUCUUACAAAUCUGGCUGUAGCAAGGACAAGAGGGACAAAGAUGAAGGGUCUGCAAACCGUUUGGAGAAAGUUUAUCCGAUUGAAGAAGAUGGAGAUGUAUAGACAAGAAACUGCAAAUUAG